AUGAAUAAGGUUGCAACAACUGAAAAAGUAAUUGAAUACAUAAAAGAAGCAAAAAAGGCAUCGGUGGAACUUCUCAUCUACCCGGAGACAUUCAUUCCUGGUUAUCCAUAUUUCAUUGAAUGUUAUCCAACAUUGAUACAACCACCUGUACUUGCUGAAUAUAUCGAACAGUCUGUGGAAAUUGACGGACCAGAAAUCAGCAAAAUUCAAGCAGCCUGUCGCGAUUUUGGCGUGUGCAUCGUACUGGGCAUUUCUGAGCGAAUGUCAGGCACUCAUACGUGUUUCAAUUCUCAAGUGUUCAUUGAAUCUGAUGGAACACUACUGGGAGUUCAUCGAAAACUUCAACCAACUUACGUUGAAAGAAUUAUUUGGGCAAAUGGAGGUGGCUACACUUUGCGGUGCUAUGCUUCGAAACGUGGGAUUCUUGGUGGAUUAGCAUGCUGGGAAAACACUAUGAAUGGUGCACGACAGGCGCUCAUCCAACAAGGCGAACAGAUUCAUGCAGGCGCAUGGCCUGCCUUGAGCACUAUGGCUGGAUUUGAAGAUGUGGCCGACAUUCAGAUCGACGCUAUGAUGAAAAAUCACGCAUUGACUGGUCAAUGCUGGGUGGUUUACGCGUCCAACACAAUUGAUCAGCUCUGUCUUGACUGGAUAGAAGCCAAAUUGGGCAAACAAGAGUUAAUCAAGAUCGGAGGAGGAUUGAGUGGUAUCAUUCAUCCUUUCAAUAUGUAUCUUGCUGGACCUCAUAAAGGUUUGGAACAGAAACUUGUGAUUGGCGAGAUCGAUCUCAAUCAGCUUGGUAUUGUCAAAGUUUGGAUAGAUUCAGCUGGGCAUUACAGUAGACCUGAAGUUCUGCAAAAUAAUGUGAAUCGUGUUCAAAUCUGGCCUGAUGAGAAAAAUAUCGUAGGCUCAAUGAAGAAAGCUCCUUCUGUGGAUGAGAAAUCUUCCAGCACAUCCGAAGACGUUGACUUGAGUGUGAACGAACACAAGAAACCAUAA